AUGAAAACAUUUCAAGAAAGAAGUUUAUCCAAGAAAUGGGAUCACUGUGAAAUUUGUACACCUGAAACAGCACCAAAAGAUACUGAAAUCUUCUGGAUUCAGUGUAAGCCUUGUCGGAAAUGGUAUCAUAUCAAAUGUAUAGAUGGGCUUUAUUCAGUUGAUAUGAUUGAAGAUUAUCAUUGUCGUUCAUGUGAACCGAUUUAUGGAUUAUCAACAUAUCGUCCUCAACUUAGGAAAUCUUCAAGGCCUCAUUCUUUUGUAGAUUAUGUUUCACUAGAUCAAGGUAGUCUUGCUUUAGCUAAUCAACAUGCAUAUACAGCAAUGAUUGAGAAUAAAAUAUUUACUGAAAAUACAUUUAAGAAGAUAAAGGGCAUUGAGUUAACAAAAGAAUGGGCAGAAGAAGAGGGUUUUAAUGAACCUGUUUUAAUUCCGGCAGGGUGGGAUUACGAAGGAUUAGAAAUGAAAAUUCCAAAAGAUUUAACUGUUCGAAAGGUUUUAGAGAUGUUAGGACCUCAUGAAAAAAUAGAAGUGAUUGAUGUACCUUUGCAAAAAGAAGUUUCUGGUUGGUCAUUGGGUGAAUGGGUAGAAUAUUAUGAAAAGCCAGCUGAAGAGCGAGAUAGAAUAAGAAAUGUAAUAAGUUUAGAAAUAAGUUUGUCAGAAUUAGCAAAACAUAUUGUCCGUCCAAAAUUUGUUAGAGAUCUUGAUUUCGCAGAUUGUAUGUGGCCUAAAGAUUUGAAAGAAGCAGGACAGUUCCCAAAAGUACAGUUAUAUUGUCUUAUGUCAGUUAAAAAUUCUUUUACAGAUUUUCAUAUUGAUUUUGGCGGAACUUCAGUAUUUUAUCAUGUUAUCAAAGGAUCUAAAACAUUUCUUUUUAUUCCUCCAACUCAAACAAAUCUUAAGAAAUAUGAAAAUUGGUGUCUUAGUCCUAAUCAAAGUGAAACAUUUCUCGGAGAUCAGGUAAAAGAAUGUAUAAGAGUUGAUUUAAAUGAAGGAGAUACAAUGUUAAUUCCAUCUGGAUGGAUCCAUGCAGUUCAUACACCAUCAGAUUCUCUUGUUUUAGGAGGGAACUUUUUAACUUACCUUCAUAUGGAAAUGCAGCUAUUGGUAGCAGACAUUGAACGACGUACUAAAGUACCAGAAAAAUUUAAAUAUCCGUUUUUUGAAAAACUUCUUUGGUUUUCUGUAUUUUACUAUUUAUCUCUGCCUUUAGAAAAUGUUGAAAAUUUUGAACAUUACUUACAUCAUAAGAAAUUUUCAAACUUAAAAAUUGAAUCAAAAAACAGAAAUAUACAUCAAAAAGAAUUAGUAGGUUGUGAAGUAUUGGCUAAAUAUUUAUUUAUACGUGCGCAAAUGGCAAAAGGACUAGCUCCAGUUACUGCAAAUGGUGAAAAAUUGAGUACUCCUACUCAAAAACAACUUCGUGCUAUGAAAUUAGAAUUGCCUUAUCAAUAUUUUUCCGGUGAUUUUGUAGAAUUAGCAAAAGCAUUUGGAAGAUGGAUAUAUUAUAAAAAAGGGUUAAGUAUAGAGGAGCAUCCUAAAUGGUGUUCAUUUGAAUCACUUGAAUCUUAUAGUUCAGAACUUAAUAGUAUUUUUAUACGGAAAAAAGAAAAUAAAGUAUCUAAGAAAAAAAAGAAUUCUUUUUACCAAUCUAAAAUUUCUUUAAAUACCUUUAAUAUUAAACAAAAAAAUGGAUUAAAACAUAAAAAAACUACACAAGCUUCAAAAAUGGUUAAUUUUUCUUUAAAUUCAGAAUUAAAAUGUUCCAUAAAACAUCAAGAUAUUAAAAAUACAAUUAAAAUGGAAGAUACCCCUAUAUCAGUCUCAAUUUUAUCUAAUUCUCAAGUUGAAAAUAAAGAUACUACCACGCAAUCAGACUUAUCAUAUAAUAUUUUUUCAGAUAAUACCGUAGAUAACGCUACCAAACAAGCAAUAAAAGCUGCUAUGUUUGGAUUAAGAUAUAUUAAGACAAAAAAGUAUCCUAUUUCAAAAAUAUCGUCUGUAAUGCAAACUUAA